AAAAAAUUAAUUUCUUAUUUUUUCCGAUAUAUAUUGUCAAAUUGUAUUUGUGUUCUGUUAAUAUUUGACCAGCGCUCGCCCUCCACUUCGAUUCCGUUAGCUAACAGCAAUAAGAAGGAGCGCAACAUCUACACAAGUGAAAGUUAUCUCUGCCGUGUGACCGUAACUGGAUUUUGAUUAAUAUUUUUCGCAGUUUUAAAAUUUUGCCAUUUAAUCACUGUUUUUUUUUGUGUUCUUAUUCGUUAUAAUGCGCUUUUUUUUUGCUCUUAAAUAAAUGUUUUCAAAUAAAUUUCUUAACUUAAACUAGUGGCGCAAUUUUGCUUAAUAUACGACGUCAUAAUAGUAACAGAAACGUUUAUGGUGGCAUUUUGGUGUAAAAAUUGUUAGUGCUUCUUUCUUGGAUUUUAAAUUACAGUCAGUCUUGCAAGUCAAAUAACAUCAGCAAAAACAAAAACAAAAACAAAAACAACAAUAAAUACAAAUACACGUUCAACAUGGGCUUGCUUUUAUCAAAAUUGUGGAGCAUGUUUGGCAACGAAGAGCAUAAGUUAGUUAUGGUCGGUUUGGAUAAUGCGGGGAAGACUACAAUACUCUAUCAGUUUUUAAUGAAUGAAGUAGUGCAUACAAGUCCCACAAUUGGUUCAAACGUUGAAGAGAUUGUAUGGCGAAAUAUACACUUUUUGGUAUGGGAUCUCGGUGGUCAACAAAGUUUACGUGCAGCAUGGAGUACAUAUUACACAAAUACAGAAUUCAUAAUCAUGGUUAUUGAUUCGACGGAUCGAGAACGUUUGGCUGUGACUCGAGAAGAACUUUAUCGCAUGUUGCAACAUGAAGACUUAAGUAAAGCAAGUCUAUUAGUUUACGCUAACAAACAGGAUUUAAAAGGCUCAAUGUCGGCUGCGGAAAUAUCACGUCAAUUAGAUUUAACUUCAAUUAAAAAACACCAGUGGCACAUACAAGCCUGCUGUGCGUUGACUGGUGAUGGAUUAUAUCAAGGACUGGAAUGGAUUGUGCAGAGAAUCAAAAAGAAAUGACAGACAAAUUCAGACUCUCAUAGUUUAUAGUAAUUUAAGUAUAUAUAUUUUUUAUAAACUGCUUGGUAUAAAUUUAAUAUGAAUAACAAUUAAGCAUAUAAAUCAACAUAGUUUAAAUAUAUAUUAAUUUUAAUUUCAUUAUUUAAGUUAGAUAAUUUUUUAAUAUUUCCUUUAAAAUUAUUUCUAUUAUUUUAUUCAAUGCAUAAAACUAUAACAAAUAAAAAUUAAAACAGUGACAACAAUUUUUUUAAACAUUUUUAACUAUAUAUUGUAAUAAAAUUUAAAAAUAAGUUCUUUGUUUUAAUCAUUUUAAAGCAGCUUUUAAAUUUAAAUAAUCUUCAAAUUAAGUUUUUAAUACGAUUGUGCUCAUAAGUAGUAAAAUAUGUGUAAUGUUAUGUUUUUAAAUAAAAUAUUAAAGUUUCUUUUAAGCCAAAUUAUCUAUGAUAUUUAUAAUCAUGGAAUAAACAUAUACAAAAUAAUUGUAAACUAAUAAUAAGAAACGUUUACAAAAACAAAAUCUUUGUAAUUGUUAAGAUUGUAAAGAUAAAUUAUUGUACAGCAUGUAACACUUAUACCAUAAGCAGAAUUUUUGUGGUAGCUCUAGUGUUAAAUAUUUUUAAAAAAUAUCUAUUAGCCUUAAGACUCGUAUUAAAGUUGUUUUAAACAAAUAUUAUUUUCUUCCAUUUAACACAUAAUCAGCUUU